GCAGCCCUGCUGAAUCCACAUCCGGGUCCUGCGCUGUUGCUGGUGUGCAGAGAUUCGGUCCCGACCAUAGCGGACCAAAACAGCGGUCAAACCCGAACACUUUUCAUUUUCCACCAACAUUCAGGACGUAGAAUAAAUGGGAAUGAUGCAUCCCUGGUUUAAACAGAUAUGGGUGAUCCGCUGUUUCACUGACUGAAUGCAGAGCAAAACAAUCCGCCAGCCUGUCUCUCUCUCACCACCGCCGCGCUCGCUUUAUAUCUCUCUCUUUCUUUUCGUCCUUCUCUCUGAUCUGUUUUUUUACCUCCUUCACCACCGAACUCUCCAGGACUGAUUUUUAGGGGAUUUUUAAGCAGCAGACAUGGGUGCAUUUCUGGAUAAGCCAAAGAUGGAGAAACAUAACGCUCAUGGGGAUGGGAACAGUCUUCGCUACGGCCUGAGCAGCAUGCAGGGCUGGCGUGUUGAGAUGGAAGAUGCGCACACCGCUGUCAUCGGCCUGCCCAACAGUCUGGACCUCUGGUCGUUCUUUGCCGUUUAUGAUGGUCACGCGGGAUCACAGGUGGCACGUUACUGCUGCGAGCACCUUCUGGAGCACAUCACCAGCAACCCUGACUUCCAGGGUGGAGGCGGAGGAGGGGGACCAGCUGUGGAGCCCAGUGUGGACAGCGUGAAGUCGGGAAUUCGCACUGGUUUCCUUCAGAUCGACGAUCACAUGCGACAGAUUUCGGAAAAGAAGCAUGGUGGAGCUGACCGCAGCGGCUCGACAGCUGUCGGAGUGAUGAUUUCACCUCGCCAUAUCUACUUUAUCAACUGCGGAGAUUCGCGCGGGUUGCUGAGUCGCGGAGGGGCGGUGCACUUCUUCACACAGGACCACAAACCCAGCAACCCUCUCGAGAAGGAAAGGAUCCAGAACGCUGGAGGGUCUGUGAUGAUCCAACGUGUCAAUGGGUCUCUGGCGGUGUCCAGGGCUCUGGGGGACUUUGACUAUAAGUGUGUGCAUGGUAAGGGUCCCACGGAGCAGCUGGUGUCACCAGAGCCCGAGGUCUGUGCUAUCGAGCGGUCAGAGGCGGAGGACGAGUUUAUUGUUCUUGCUUGUGAUGGGAUCUGGGAUGUGAUGGCCAACGAGGAGUUGUGUGAUUUUGUUCGUUCACGACUUGAGGUGACAGACGAUCUGGAGAGGGUCUGCAAUGAGAUUGUAGAUACCUGCUUGUACAAGGGAAGUCGUGACAACAUGAGUGUUGUGCUGGUGUGUUUCGUCAGUGCACCGAAGGUUUCCCCUGAAGCUGUUAAAAGGGAAGCUGAGCUUGAUAAAUACCUAGAGAGCCGAGUAGAAGAGAUCCUGAAGAGGCAGGGAGACGAAGGUGUGCCCGACCUGGUACAUGUGAUGCGCACGUUAGCAUCUGAGAGCAUCCCAAACCUACCCCCUGGAGGAGAACUGGCCAGCAAGCGGAGUGUAAUUGAAGCAGUAUACAACAAACUCAACCCAUACAGGAACGAGGAUACAACUUGACUGAUAGUGUGUAAGAACUGACUGAAAAUCCGGUACCUCUGGUGCUCUUUACUACAGCACUCAGCUCUUGAUUGUGAUGUUUUUCAUGACUACCAGCCUUGACCUGCCACACCUCAGGCUGCUCUUCCAGUCAGUGUCACAACCGUUUCAAAAACCAGUUCAGGCCUUCUUAAAAUAACAAUAGAAAUAUUCCUUUCAGUUUUGCCAUGUUUCACUCCUUCAAUAUUUUAUUUAAAUCACAUUCAUGUUAUUUUCGCAUUUAUAAGGGCCAGUUCAGCCUGUUAAGUGUGAACUCUGGUGGGUUGGUUUUUAUGUUAUUAUGCUAAAGUGUUUAUCUGUUGGUUGUAUGUUUGUCUUUAUGGGCGGUGUUUUGCUUUUAAGUGCAGCCUUAGAUUGCUGGGGUUGGGUACACUUUAACAGCUACCCAUCAAUCCCAGAGAGAUUGCUGUGACUCUAAUGCUUGUUUUCCAAAUACUGAUUUUAAUUAGGAAAAUGAAGUCAUUUGUCCAAGACUUUAGCACAUCUAAAUUUGGAAAACUAUCAAUAGAGCCACAAUUAAAUUUUAUUUACAUUUUUUUUUUCUUUCUGGAAAUAUUAUAAUUAAUAAAUAAUGUUUGGAGCUAAUGAAUAUUUCAUCCUAUUGUCAAUAUUUAGUCUUAAUGCUUUUCUCUCAAUCUUCUGUCUGUUCAAGUAAUUGUAAUAAACUUCUCUAUUUACCAGCAUA